UACUUCAUCAGAUAACGUUUAAAUUGAAACAUUACAAAUAGUUGUAGUCAUUUAUUAUUAGGCAUAUAGCAAUUAUUCACACUUAACAUCUAGUAAGUACUUAAUUUCCUAGUCGUAGUGAGUAUAAUUAUUGUUGUACAUACGGCUUUUAAUUAUGUUUUAUGUAGAAGUUGAAAAAAAAAAUUAAAUGGAAGUGAUAAGUAUAAUUAGGUAACGCAAAAUUGAAAACGACAUUUACUUCAUUUUGUGCACCCGUGCAAAAGACGACAAGAGGCUAAUAUGACCGACAGGGCAAACCUCUGCUAACUACCACCCAGGCUGGCUGGAAUACAAAACUUCAUACGAUGAAAAACGUGCCGUUAAUCUUGCUGUAUCAGGCAGUGGUAAGUUUAAUAUAAUAAUUUAUUUCGUCCAUAUUUUUUUAGUAAUCACACUGACCACUCUUCUCUUGCGCUCACCUGACUCACUGGGUGCAUAGUUCCUGAUUGUUCAUGCACUAAGAACACCAAAUUACUCAUCACUGAUGUAACGUGGCAGCACCAACAACAUCCUGAAAGCGGUAUUAUACUGAACUGUGGGAAUGUGAUAUGCCUUAUUCGUAUACUGAACCUAAGGGUGUUUAUCAGCAUCAUUGUCCUACCCUUAUCCCAAUUUUAUUUGUGAUCUAUGUCUUCUCCUUUAAUUCUCUUCUAUCUGCCGUCAUCUCACAAGCAAUAUUCUUUCUCACCAUAUCCACUUUCACACAAUCCAUCCAUCGUUACUUUGAUAAUUUCACAAUAUCCAUCCACGUUCAUACCUAAAACCUUCCUCUCAACUCGUUGUCGGUUAGACUGGAAGCUAACCACAACUUUUUUUUUAACGACGCCAAAAAUCAUCAAAUGACCCCUCCCGCUGUGGGUUAGCAGCGGUGAGGGAGUGCCCGACUCUUACUGACUCAAAACCGUCUUGUUCCGACGUAGGCCUUUUAUGUACCAGGGCCACGGUAACCCUUUCGAACAAUCCCGCAGCCCAAGCUAGCCCCAACUUAGUUGACAAAAGUCUAGGCAAAUGACGAUUCUCCAGUCUCUGUUGCCAACUCUCAACAAGGGUACCUCUUCCGUUAUGCCCACUGCCAAAGCGUCCAUAAUAAGUAGGACAGGAAAUGACGUAAACAAUUACUUAUAGGGAUCAUGCCUUAGGUAUAGAGCCUCUUUUCACAAUUGGUAACCUGUGCACCAGGUUACUGCGUCAGACUGACGACGUCAACCAUAUAGGUACUGAAAUAACAGUUUAAUUUCGUUUCAGUUAAUUCUUGUUUGCAAGGAAUCUUUAUGUCAAGCUGAUGAAGCGUCUGAAGAAGCAGCUAUAAAAUAUGAAAGAAAAGCAAAUGACAUUCAAAAAGAAGGUAAAUAUCAUCCAGAAAUAAAACGGACUUUGCGCAACGUCUACCUGCGUGGUCAAGAUCAGGAGGAGAUAGCAAAUAUAAGUGUUAACUCUCGUAUGGAUAUCGAUGACUGCCUCUGCACGGGUGCCAGGAAUUUAAACUUUUUUUGUAUUUCCACUAACGACGCCGGCAACAUCUUUUCUUUUAAAUAUAAUGGCGUAGCAAAGUUUAGCCUUCAAGAUAUUCUGAAAGCUUACCUAUUGUAUAUUGUCAAUGUGAACAGAGGAGUUAAUCAAAAUAUUGACAUUAAUAAAUCUACGAUGGAUCAUAAUUUCCAAAUCAAUAUGGAGGCAUUUAAAAAUUUCGAUAUAAAUAAGAUUCAAUUGGGGUCAAAUACGGGAAAUGAUGUAUUUGACAUAACAGGAUUCCUAAAAUAUUUUAAUGAAAAUAAUAAUAAUAAUCAAGCUAAUCUGCAAAUUAACGGUAAUAAUAAUGUAGGUUUUAAACAUAUCACCACCCCACACUACAAUAUUGAUGUGAAUCAAAAUAUUAUAAAUCAUCAUGAUGUUGGUGGCUAUGAUAAUGGCGGAGGUGCGAUAGCUGAUGACAGAAGUGCAGUUGUGAACCAAGUUAACCAGUUAAUUUCCGGAGUCUUCAAGUCCAAAUCUGUUAUCAAUACGAAUACUAAUCUCAACUCUCAAAUACAGGAGUUUACAAAUAUCCUAAUCAAUAACUUAAAUCAAAAUCAGGGGUACAAUUCCGAGUUAAUUAUCACUUCAAACUAUGAUAUAAAAGCUAAACUAGAAGCUUUAAGACAAAUUCUAAUCGAAGCUGCUGCCAACGGAAAUGGUAAUGUCACUGUUUACACAAAUGGAGUCCAAUUCGAUGUGCAAGCUGCUCUUGAAACAAUUGCAAAUGCUAUAGCAUCUGUAGAAGAGAAACUACGAGUUGAGGCCGAGGCCAAAGCUCUGGAGCAAAAUAAUCAAGUGAUUCAACAGAACAAACAAAUGGCUGUUGUGAACCAAGUUGACCAGUUAAUUGCAAGUGCAUUCAAAACACAAACUAUAAUCAAUACGAAUGUUGAUCUCAACUCUAAAAUACAAGAGUUUAUAAACAUUCUAAUCAACAGCUUCAGCCAAAAUCAAGGGUACAAUUCCGAGCUAACUGUCACUACAUAUUUUGAUAUAAAAGCUAAACUAGAAGCUUUAAGACAAAUUCUAAUCGAAGCUACUACCAACGGAAAUGGUAAUUUUGCUAUUUACACUAAUGGAGUCCAAUUCAAUGUGCACGCUGCUCUUGAAGCAAUUAUAAAUGCUUUGGCAUUUGUAGAAUCGAAAUUACGCGCUGAGACUGAGGCUAAAGCUCAGGAGCAAACUAAUCAAGUAAACCAACAGAACCAACAAAUUGCUGUUGUGAACCAAGUUGACCAGUUAAUUGCCAGUGCUUUCAAAUCACAAACUGUUAUCAAUACAAAUGUUGAUCUCAACUCUAAAAUACAAGAGUUUAUAAAUAUUCUAAUCAACAACUUAAGUCAAAAUCAAGGGUACAAUUCCGAGCUAACUGUCACUACAUAUUUUGAUAUAAAAGCUAAACUAGAAGCUUUAAGACAAAUUCUAAUCGAAGCUACUACCAACGGAAAUGGUAAUUUUGCUAUUUACACUAAUGGAGUCCGAUUCGAUGUGCACGCUGCUCUUGAAGCAAUUAUAAAUGCUUUAGCAUUUGUAGAAUCGAAACUACGAGCUGAGGCCGAGGCCAAAACUCAGGAGCAAACUAAUCAAUUGAAUCAACAGAACCACCAAAGGGCUGUUGUGAACCAAGUUGACCAGUUAAUUGCAAGUGCAUUCAAAACACAAACUAUAAUCAAUACGAAUGUUGAUCUCAACUCUAAAAUACAAGAGUUUAUAAAUAUUCUAAUCAACAGCUUCAGCCAAAAUCAAGGGUACAAUUCCGAGCUAACUGUCACUACAUAUUUUGAUAUAAAAGCUAAACUAGAAGCUUUAAGACAAAUUCUAAUCGAAGCUACUACCAACGGAAAUGGUAAUUUUGCUAUUUACACUAAUGGAGUCCAAUUCAAUGUGCACGCUGCUCUUGAAGCAAUUAUAAAUGCUUUGGCAUUUGUAGAAUCGAAAUUACGCGCUGAGGCUGAGGCUAAAGCUCAGGAGCAAACUAAUCAAGUAAACCAACAAAUUGCUGUUGUGAACCAAGUUGACCAGUUAAUUGCCAGUGCUUUCAAAUCACAAACUGUUAUAAAUACAAAUGUUGAUCUCAACUCUAAAAUACAAGAGUUUAUAAAUAUUCUAAUCAACAGCUUCAGCCAAAAUCAAGGGUACAAUUCCGAGCUAACUGUCACUACAUAUUUUGAUAUAAAAGCUAAACUAGACGCUUUAAGACAAAUUCUAAUCGAAGCUGCUAACGGAAAUGGUAAUUUUGCUAUUUACACUAAUGGAGUCCAAUUCGAUGUGCGAGCUGCUCUGGAAGCAAUUGCAAAUGCUAUAGCAUUUGUAGAAGUGAAAUUAAGAGCUGUGCAAGUGAAUCAGCAGAACAAACAACAGGCAAAUAUCCAAAUCCAAAGUGGAAAACAAAGCCAUUCUAAAAAUUCAGCACACCAUGCCUCGGUGUAUAGUGGUAAGCAGAGUGUUUUCUAUGGAGGCGGUGGAUACAACUUUGGCCAAUUCGGUCCAGGUGGAUUAGUGGGAGUGGAUGGUGGUACACUUGGGGUGAUUGGGCUCAACGGUGGAAGUAUAAUAGGUAUCGAUGGAAGUAACUCAAUAGGCAUGGGCGGCGGAGGCAUGAUCCCUGGAGGCUCGAUGGGUAUGGGCGGCGGAGGUGUGAUGGGCAUGGGCGGUGGAGGAGCGAUGGGCCUGGGCGGCGGUGGUGGGAUGGGUUUCAGCGCAGGAGGAGAGAUUGGUUUCAGCGCGGGAGGAGGGGUGGAUUUCGGCUCAGGACGAGCGAUAGGCAUGGGUGCAGGAGGUGCGAUGGGCAUGGGUGCAGGAAGAGCGGUGGGUAGGGGCUCACAUGGUUUAAGGGGCUUUAAUUUUGGUUCCAUGGGAUACGGCAGAAGAGGCCUGAUGGAAAAUCCACCAAGUGACAGAUAUAUAGAAGACUCCAACUAUCAAGAUCCUGCAGGGCAUUCCCUGAAUAGUCCAUAAUAUAGAAGCGAAUUGUAUUAAUGUGAUGUUACGACGUUGAGACAUGGUACUGCUACUCAAUACCGAGGUAAUCAUUAUAUUAUAUAAUCAUA